AUGAACGCGCUUGACAUUCAGCGCUUUUCCCAAAAGAAGAAAAUGUACGAGCAUCAGCACACCCUGGAUAAGCUCUUUGCGCCCGCUCACGCUCGUGGCAGCACAGAAGAUAAUCUGUCACGCCACCGCGAAGCCAACUUUAUUGACCAGGGCCCGUUGAUCGGCGAGUGCCGUCAUCGUUCUGGCUCCAUUUCAGACCUUGGCCCCAGCCAACCACCGUCGCCCCGCAAACAAACACCGCCCAUGAGUGGCGCCAACGCUCUGAGUCUCUUGGGUGGAGGCAGUGCUGCCACGCCCGCUGCACCUGCCGAACGGCCUGACGCCCCAGGCUCCAAGUCACAUGCAGCUGCCGGACUCGAGCAGGAUGCGACUUCAGAAUCAUUACUCAUGCACCGUCGGCGCACCAUCCACCCGCGUCGCCAACGAGCACCUCUGCGCCCCCACUUGGACGGCCGCACACGCCGUCGCAGUGAAUCCGAGCCCGUCAAACAUACGCGGCUCUCACCCAUCAUGGAAGAGGCUGAAGAAGAGGGUACGUGA